AUGAAUAAUACCCCUCCGACUACCGGUCCCACGGCCGCUCCGCCGCAGUACUCGCAUUACACCCCUUUGCGUUACGCUUCUUCCAUAACCGUACCCGUCGAGUACCCCACGUACAUGCAGUACCAUUCCGACAGCUUGCUCCCGCCAAUGUCGAACAUGGAAAAUAUCCCACCUAUGGCUGCAUUGCGGCCAAACGACGCAUCAGAACAGAGGCCAACAAAACGAAAGUCAGAUGGAGAACAUCCUGACGCCUUCAGAGAGCGACCUAGACAAGCCGUAUCGCCAAUCAGCCCUAGAGUCCAUUCUGCCACGCAAGAUCACGCCCGAGCCUAUAGUGGGCCUCAGUACGGAACUCAACACAACCCAGUCGAGAUACUUUCGAGCCCAGAGUCAACGAAAAGCAUACCAAGGCAACAGAUGACGAGCUCAAAACAACCUGUCCUGCCGCAAGAUCUGCGGAAUGCUGGGUUAUAUGUUCAGGAGCCCAAUCUCUCCGCGAAGAAGAUUGUAUACUACGCGGUAGCAGGUGGGAAAGUGCCUGGUAUCUAUACAAACUAUGAUACCGUUCUCGAACAGAUUAAAGGCUACAGUGGUGGUUGGCAAAAGAAGUUUCGUACCAUAGAUGAUGCAUGGAAAUAUAUGAACGAAAACAGAUCCCGCGUCGAAAUAGCGCUCCAGCGCCAAAGGGAGCGGCAGCAAGAGUCCUACAACUUUGCUCCGACAUACCAUGCGAAUAGGGCUCAGCGUACACCUUCACCUCCUCCAAAGUACACUUACCCCCUUCUAACCCCACCUUCCAAUCGAUCCCAAGGAUACGUAAACUACAAUCUAUCGCCUUCCAAAGCAGGACACGUUGUAGGGCAGUCGCAGCUUGCAGCAAAUUCUCCAAGACCGAACACUACCGCUAACAAGAACGUUUCUGAUCCCGAGAUAAGAUUGAGCGCAGAACAGCAGAGAGUCGUAGAUCUCAUCGUGGACGGCGGGAAAAACGUCUUCUACACUGGGUCUGCAGGAUGUGGCAAGUCUACUAUCUUGAAGGCUUUCGUUCCACUACUAAAAAAGCAAGGAAAGAACGUUCGGAUUGUAGCGCCAACUAAUCUCGCCGCGCUUAACAUUGGCGGACAAACGACCUGGAAUUUCGCUGGUUGGACAGUGAACAGCAUGAACGAAUCGUUGGAUAGGUUGAAGGAAGCCGCUCACGGCAAAGAAACUUGGAAGAAGUUCGACAUGACCGACGUGCUAGUCAUCGAUGAGAUCAGCAUGAUUGAAAACCUCCAAUUUGAGCGAUUGAGCGAAGUCAUGAAGGCCAGCCGCGCCGGCAAAGCCACUGGCCCAUUUGGCGGCGUUCAAGUCGUUGUUACCGGAGACUUUUGUCAAUUAUCACCUGUGAAGCCCUUCCAGCAUUGUAUGGGGUGUGGAUGGAAGCUCAUUCAUGAAAAGAGAGAAGGAGAGCUACAUCACAUUUGCGAGAACCCUAAAUGUCGCUAUGAUUUCUGGUUCGACACCGACAAGUGGGCCUUCCGUAGCGAGGCGUGGAAGGAUUGCAAAUUCGAACAUAUCAAUCUCACAGAAAUUCACAGGCAAGACGACAGGAAGUUUAUCUCCAUACUCCAGAAAAUUCGCAGAGAUGGUGAGAUUGUUAGGCAUCACGCAAAUAUCCUGCUCAAUCACACAAAAGAUACCGAAGGCGCCAUCCGACUAUUCUCCAAGCGCCUGGAUGUCGACCGUAUAAACAAAGAAAACAUUGCGAAGCUCCCUUCACAGCAACUCGCCUACAAGUGUUUAGAUAGCUUCGUAUGGAAUGAUCGCGAAGAUACAUCUUUGGAAAAAUACUGUGAACAGAAAGAAGAUGGUACUCUCAAACAACUAAGAGAGCAUCGCUACGAAGCUAUUGUGCAUUUGAAGGAGGGCAUGCGCGUGGUGUUACAGGCCAAUCUUGAACCCGACGCCGGCCUUGUAAACGGCUCCCAAGGCCUGAUCAUCGGAUUUGAGGAAUUUGACCCUAACAAGCUACCCCGCGCAGCAGAGGGCAAAGACGAUUACGGUGAGCUCAAAGGUACUCAUGCCAAAUAUUCCCAGGGGCAAAUUAAGGAAUACGCCAAUCGGAACCGCCGCCAGCCAUGGCCAGUUGUUCGGUUCGACAACGGCCGAACUAAGGUCAUCUACGCGGACUGUCCUUGCAACGAACUCGGAAAUGUUGGCGAGCAUGGAGAUAAGGGCAAGCUCAGCCUGUUAUCGAGGGCACAGAUUCCGCUUGUCGCAGGCUAUGCCAUUACUGUGCACAAGUCGCAGGGAAUGACGCUGGAUCGCGUUAUUGUCGAUCUCAAGGACGCUUUUGAGGCAAGCCAACUCUACGUCGCUCUCAGUAGAGCACGCUCGCUCAAGGGUCUCGAAGUUGUGGCACUUCCAAAGAGACCUCUGGGGGGUGCCAAUCCACAGGUCAGGGAAUUCUUCAAUAGAUACCUUGACCCGAAUCAGCCCCAUCCAUCAUCCCAGACGCCGCAAGCAUCACAGGUUUCUCAGUCAUCACAGUCUUGA